UUAAAAGCACUUGUGACCUUAAUAGCUUCUUUAACAAAAUAACAAAAAAUUACUAGGAAAAAAAAACCCAACAAAAUAAGAAGAAGAAGUAAAAGGAGAAAGAAAGGGUUGCAGGGAAAAAGCAAACGAAAUCAGAUUUACGAAGGAAAUACAAAAUCACACGACUUAAAAAAUUUUGUCCAUACAAGAAAUCGAAAGAGGCGAGAGGAGAGCAGCGGGCGCGGCCCCUUCCGCCUUCUCUCUUUCUCUUCGCCAAUUCUUCAAAAGUCUCUUUUUUGACCAGCACCACCUUCUCUCCUUCUUCCCAUCUUCCUCUUAUCUGCUUCAAAACUUCCCCAAUUCAAUCUCCUCAUCUUCUCCAGCUGUCUCUGCCAUCUCUGUUGUAUGAUCGAUUUGCUGCUAUAUAUUGAAUUGAAUUUUGUGAUGCUCUUGAUCCGUCGAAGCUUUUUCUGAACUCAUUCUCCUGUAAAUUAUAAUGGGUGCCUGCCUUUCCGCCACCAAGGUCAGUGGCUCGAACAGUAACAGCACCGUCACCACCAACACCACCGUCUUCAACCACCACCGGAAAGAGACCACCAGGAGCACGCGAGAGACGAUCCAUCUACAUCGCCCCCAUUGUAAUAAUCAACAGAAGGCGAGCGAUGGGACCCAGAACCGAUCCGAGAAUCAGCGGCAGGGGAGGCUCAAGGACAAGCGUAAUUCGCGACGGCAGGGUGGGGUAAUCCCCUGCGGGAAGCGCACGGAUUUCGGGUACGCCAAAGACUUUGACAGGCGGUAUACGAUCGGGAAGUUGCUAGGGCACGGACAGUUUGGGUACACGUACGUCGCCACCGAUAAGGUUAAUGGGGAUCGAGUUGCCGUCAAGAGAAUUGAGAAGAACAAGAUGGUUCUUCCUAUUGCUGUUGAGGAUGUUAAACGAGAGGUGAAGAUAUUGGGUGAAUUGGCAGGCCAUGAAAAUGUCGUUCAAUUUUAUGAUGCAUUUGAGGAUGACUCUUAUGUUUAUAUAGUAAUGGAGUUAUGUGAGGGCGGGGAAUUGCUGGAUCGAAUAUUGGGCAAAAAGGACAGUCGUUAUUCUGAGAAAGAUGCAGCCAUAGUUGUGCGGCAGAUGCUUAAGGUUGCAGCAAAAUGUCAUUUACAUGGUUUGGUACACCGUGACAUGAAACCAGAGAAUUUUCUUUUCAAAUCAGCCAAAGAGGAUUCACCGCUGAAGGCCACAGAUUUUGGUCUGUCAGACUUCAUAAAACCAGGGAAAAGAUUUCAUGAUAUUGUUGGCAGUGCCUAUUAUGUUGCCCCUGAAGUAUUGAAACGCAAGUCAGGACCCGAAUCAGAUGUUUGGAGUAUUGGUGUGAUAACUUAUAUUUUGCUUUGUGGGAGGCGUCCAUUCUGGGAUAAGACUGAGGAUGGCAUAUUUAAGGAGGUCUUGAGGAACAAGCCUGAUUUUCGACGCAAACCAUGGCCGACCAUAAGCAAUGGUGCUAUAGACUUUGUAAAGAAGUUACUUGUGAAGGAUCCUCGUGCAAGACUUACAGCUGCUCAGGCCUUAUCACAUCCAUGGGUUAGAGAAGGGGGAGAAGCCUCAGAGAUUCCUCUAGAUAUAUCUGUUCUAUCUAACAUGCGGCAAUUUGUGAAGUACAGUCGAUUAAAACAAUUUGCUCUGAGGGCGUUGGCUAGCACAAUUGAUGAAGAGGAGUUGGCUGAUCUGCGGGAUCAGUUUGAUGCAAUUGAUGUGGACAAGAGCGGCUCUAUUAGUCUUGAAGAAAUGAGACAAGCCCUUGCUAAAGAUCUACCUUGGAAAGUGAAAGAAUCACGUGUUCUGGAGAUCCUUCAAGCCAUUGACAGCAACACAGAUGGGCUUGUUGAUUUUAACGAGUUCGCUGCAGCUGCUCUGCAUGUGCAUCAGUUGGAGGAGCACGACUCUGACAAGUGGCAGCAGCGGUCACAGGCUGCUUUUGAGAAGUUUGACGUCGAUAAAGAUGGAUUCAUAACUGCAGAGGAACUUAAAAUGCACACGGGCUUAAGAGGCUCGAUUGACCCACUUCUAGAGGAGGCUGAUAUUGACAAAGAUGGCAAGAUAAGCCUAGCAGAAUUCCGCAGGCUUUUAAGAACUGCAAGCAUUAGUUCACGAAAUGCACCUAGCCCAUCUGGUCAUCGCAAUCCUCGGAAGUUGUAGAUUAGAAUGGAAUUGUAGAUUAGAAUGGGUAUUUUGAAGAUUUUGAGAAGAUAUGAGAGAGGUGCAACUCCCUUUUUCAGAUUUUAGACUGGAAGAUUGUACUCAGCCCUACAUGAACCCUCGUCUGCUUCCGUCUCUAUCCCAUUAUAAGGACCUGUUUGGAAACUCUAGCAUUUGUUGAUGGGAAUUCACAAAAGGUUUGUGAAGAUAUCAUAAGCAUAUUUUCAAUGUAGUUGGUGUGGUUCUGCAUAGGAUGUGGCGCUGGUAGAACGUUGUAGUGUACAUCUUGAAGAGUUAGGGUUUCUUUGGUUGUGUGGAGAGGAGUGGGGGCGCAAAAUGUAAUCAGUGAUAUGUGACAUUGUGACAAUAAAUAAGCAACCAAGGUGUAGUACAAUUUAUCCAUUUUGUUUUCAUAAUUUGAAUUUCAAAGUUACAUCUUCAA